GAGUGAUGGCGGCCGCCGUGUCUGUUAGCUCAGCUGCCAAGGAUGAAAGCACAGACACUGGACUCGGUUUCGCCUCUCGUCCGCUUCAUGAACAUUACGACCUCGCUGCGGAUCACGAAAACUGGAUGGCCGGAGACUGCCUGCAUCCCGAACUCGAACCCGGCGAAGAGGAAUCGACACCGGGUCGCGAAUGUCAGCGGAGGGUCGACGAGGACCUGACAUCACUGAGCCCCGAAGAGAUCGAGAGCCGCUUGGAGAGAACUCGUCGGGAGUUUUACAACCGUAGAAAAAUUAUCAUAAAAAACCUGCCAUCCGACGUUAGCAAUCAGGAGGUCCAUGAGCUGUUGGGCAACUAUGACUUGAAGUACUGCUUUGUUGACAAAUACAAGGGCACAGCAUUUGUGACACUGCUCAAUGGGGAACAGGCUCAGUGUGCCAUCAAAGAGUUCCACCAGCAUGUGCUACGGGACAGGGAGAUCUCUGUGCAGCUGCAGCCGACAGACGCUCUGCUGUGCAUCGCCAACUUGCCUCGUGCUUUCACCCAGCAGCAGUUUGAGGAGUUGGUGCGACCCUUUGGGAACCUGGAGCGCUGCUUUCUGGUGUACAGUGCCUCCACCGGGCAUUCCAAGGGUUAUGGCUUUGUGGAGUACAUGAAGAAGGACUCAGCGGCCAGGGCCAAGUCAGAGCUUUUAGGAAAGCAGCUGGGUUCCCGCAUGCUGUACGUCCACUGGACUGAGGUGGGCUCCCUCACAUACCCACUGCUGCACUCCAAAUGUCUGUGUGUGGACCGCCUGCCCCCAAACCUGCUGACAGCCCAAGACCUCCGCAACGCCCUGGCUGACACCCAUGCGCCAGUCUUCUGCCAGUUGGCUCAGGGACAAGAUGGAAGUUUUCGGCGUUUUGCAGUUUUGGAGUUUGCCACUGCAGAGAUGGCCGAAGAGGCACAGCGACUCACUGAUGGCAGGCUGCUGGGUGGGACACACAUCAGGGUGUCCUUCUGUGCCCCUGGCCCUCCUGGGAGAAGCAUGUUGGCUGCUCUGAUUGCUGCCCAAACCAUGGCUGUGAACAGGGGUAAAGGUCUCCUCCCUGAUCCCACAGCCAUGCAGAUACUCACAGGCCUCAAUAACCCCGCCACGCUCAAGAUGCUGCUCAACCCUCUGUCACAGGGACACAAACAAGGCAUCCUUGGGGCAGCCCCUACGAUGCCGCUGCUGGCCAACCCCGCCCUUUCCGCCGCCCUGCUCCAGCUGCUCCUUCAGAACCAGGCCAAGGCCCAGCAGCAAGCCUUUCUGGGAAAUCAUCUUCUGUGGGCUCAGGUGCUGCACAAUAAAGAAAGCCCUCUAGUACCUUGUCAGGCAGGACUCAUUGGGGAGAAUCCUCUGGCUGCUCUGCCUGUCCAGCAGGGAGUCCAUCUGCUCGGAGACCUACCCCAAGGUGGUGUAGUCUCAGGUCUUGGUCUUCAGACGGAUCCUCUGGCCCCUCUAAAGCCAAUGCCACUUGGCAGAGCCCUGACAAGGGAGCAGGAGUCUCCCACAGCAGCAUGCACCUUCCCCCAGACUUCCUCUCCCACCCUGCAGGGCAUCUCCAUGCCCCUGAUGGGUGGCAUGAUGGGAGCAGAUGGUCUCACAGCACAAGGGGUCUCCAUACUAGGAGAUCCUCCCAAAGAUGUGAAUAUUCCCCAGAACGCCUUCCUCGGUGUCAAUAAUGUGUUUCCCUCAGGAGGAAGCUGCAGACCUCACCCUUAUAGGAAGAGGCCUACACUAAGUAAUGUGUCCAACCAGCACACACACCAGAGCAUACAGCCAAAUUAUAACCUGCGCUACCAGGAUUCCUACAGCCCUGAAUAUCCUCCUCUGCACCAGGAUCCCCUGGCCCACUUGUAUGAACAGCAGGAGAACCUUGACACUGGGGCCUUGGCAGGAUUUGGUCAGCAGCCCUCUCGUCACCCUGACUACAGCGAGCGAUUUUCCCACUACAGUUACCCUCCCAGCCCACCCCUCUCCUCAUACUUCAGCUCAGGGCCGGAAGCUUCCAGUAAUGGCAGCCUCCCUACCACCCAGCUCAAUAGGGCUGUGGGAAUGCCUCCUGUGAGCCACACCAGUAACUACCCCCCAGGCCUGGGGAAUUCUGUGAAGACUCCCAUUGGUAGUCACAAGCGUGUGUUCUCCCGGCUGAUCCCAUCUCCAGAGCCAAGCCCUGAGGGCGGCUAUGUGGGCCAGCACUCCCAAGGCCUUGGUGGCCAUUAUGCAGACUCCUACCUUAAGCGAAAGCGUAUAUUUUGAAUAAAGCUGACUGCUUCUUGCUGUAUGAGUAGCCAUUCAACAGCCAGGACAUGAUGGCAUCUCCUCCAAUGAACUUGAGCUUGGCAGUCCUUGGAUUUGUCUCCUGUUUACUCCUGUGAGUGACCCCUGGAGGGCGCUGAGGAGUGCAGCUUGUUGCUAUCUGGACACUUGUGUCACUCUAUGGGAAUUCUUGGUGGCUGUUUUUUCUUUUUUGUGUAUAUAUGAUUUUAGUGUGUUGGUAAAUUAAGUUUUUACUUUUUUCAUUUUUUAUUUGACUUUUAAUUUUCUGUUGAACGAUUUGUACAGUGAGAAAAAAUGGUUAAUUAGCUAAUGAAGUCUUUUCUCUUCAGCAUCAUUUUUUAUUCUUGUGUUGAGUGUGGUGUAUCAGCAGAGCUACAGAUAGUUUGGCCAGUUUUCAGUGGCAGCCAUAGGCUGCUUUUUAUAAUGUUUGACAUCUCACUAAAGUGAAGCUGUCCACAUAUUCAGGCAAAGGGAUUUGCAUAGUAUUAAAAACAAGCUUUACUACAGAGGCUCAACAUUUAAGUAGCCUUACUAAUUCCAUGUAAAAAGUUCAGUUGUUUGUUUAAUGAGAUGGUGUUUUUGUGUUGUGGUGUUUUCUUGUUUUCCCCUUCCUUGCACAAGGUUGUAUAUUUUGCUUUAUUACUCUUUCUGGAUUCAGGCCUUUCCUCAUCGGUUAACAUUCAGCUUUCCAUCCACCAAUGACGGCUGCAUGUACCUGCCUGUGUAUUAUAGGUUAAGCGUUCUACCAUUCUGGCAUAUUUUCUCAAGCCUCAACUUUUCCACGUUGUUUGUCUUUUGAUCCACACCCUCCAACUUGUUUUCGGAGUCUAUUCUCUACACUGGUUGUUGAGUGAUGCACUUGGAGGGCACAGGUCACACUCCUAAUCUGUUCUCACCAAUACAGGAUGCCAUUUUCAAGUCUCCUGGAGUUGAAUAUUUUCUGUGUUUUUAAUGUGCGUUCUGUUUGCUAAGUUAAAUUUUGAAUGUCUUAAAGUCCACACACCUCAGUGGUGGAGUUGGAUGGGUGGGGCAGUGAACAUCGGCUGUGCGCCAUCCCUCGAGCUGCCAGCACAUAGUGAAUACAGGAAUCUCAGGGAGAGGCCUGACUCAUUGACUUCGCUUCUCUAGAUGAAUAGACGGCAGGUGGAAUGAUGGACACAGCCCAUGUUCAAAGUUUUCUUUAUAAUGGUGGGAUUUAAGUCUGUCAGGGGAUAUACUAAUGGAAGCUACUGGCAGGUGAUUGGUCAGUGACAUGAUUGUCCUUGUUUUUUCUUUUUUUUUUUCUUCUUUUUUUUGUGAAUAAUUAUCUGGUUGACAGUUUGAUUGUGAAAACCCAUUACCUCUGACUUCUGCUAGGAAAUGCAGCUACACUUGAGCCUUAACAUUGUUUUCUGUGAUCUCAUCCUGCCCUGUGUUGGCUUCCAUCUACAUUUACCGUUUCUGUGUUAUUUGCUGUGUAAAUAGUUAAAGCUUGAUCAUUUUCCUGAGUCCAAAACUUGUUUUCUUUAAUAAUACCUGCUCCUGGUCUGGCGUUCUUGAAUGAAUUUGCUGCUCCUUGUGUUUUUGUUUGCCUGUAUGUUUGAAAGCUGAUGUGACCAAGAGUGGCGCCGCAGCAGACUGCUCAUGUUGUGUAUGGACCAAGAGAUGCAGCUGUACUGUAUGAUCAUCAUUCAUUUUGAUUGAUUUGAUGCUAACCGCUAUCCUCUCCUCUGUACCGCCAUGGUUGUCUCUGUAUGUGUGUGA